GGGAAUUUUUCUCUUUCUCGCUUCUUUCUUUCUCUUUCUUUCUUUGCGAGUUUCACAAUGACUAGUGUUACAGCUAAACCCGCUGCUGCUCCUGCGGGCGAUAAAGCCCCAGGGAAGAAGAUCAAGAGGGAUAAGGCGAAGAAUCCCAUGCGAGAUUUGCACAUCAGAAAGCUCUGCUUAAAUAUCUGCGUUGGUGAAUCCGGUGAUAGGCUUACCAGAGCAGCCAAGGUUUUGGAACAACUGACUGGUCAACAGCCCGUCUUCUCAAAAGCCCGCUACACCGUGAGGAGCUUUGGCAUUCGUAGGAAUGAAAAGAUCGCCGUGCACUGCACAGUGCGUGGAGCUAAAGCUGAGGAGAUUCUUGAGCGAGGUCUCAAGGUGCGCGAAUACGAGUUGAGGCGUGAUAAUUUCUCCUCUACGGGUAAUUUUGGCUUCGGUAUCCAGGAGCACAUUGACUUGGGUAUCAAGUACGAUCCCUCCAUUGGUAUCUACGGUCUUGACUUCUACGUCGUGCUGGGACGACCUGGAUUCAAUGUUGCCCACAAGAGACGCAAGAUGGGAAAGAUUGGAUUCCAGCAUCGGCUCACAAAGGAGGAUGCCAUGAAGUGGUUCCAGCAGAAGUAUGAUGGUAUCAUCCUUAACAGCAAAAAGUGAGGCAUUGCUCGUGUGAGCCAAUAAACACCGUUGCACUGCGAAAAAA